AUGGCUAUUACUUAUGCUCUUGUUGCCGAAGGUUCUAUUAAGAGUACCACUGAAAGAAACUAUCAAGUUUCAGUUGUUGCCGAAACUUCUCGUCAAAAGACAUUGAGAAGGGUCAUUGAAGAGAAGGUCAUUCCAAGAAUGAUGGAUAAGCAAGCCAUCUCUUCCUAUGACAAGUUACUUUUAACUCAUGAAAUGUUUACCUUCUUCAUUAAGAGAGAACGUUCAAGCUUGGGUGAUGUUUUCCAUGUUGUGAUUUCAACUCAUGAAGGAAAACAAAGAAUUUGUUGGAAGAUGAUUGACUCAAUGUCCCAUGAAUAUCAUACUGAUAAGAAGAAGAUGAAUUUAACUAAAUUAUUGGAAUUCCACAAUAAUCCAGAAAAUGACAAGAUUACCAAAUUGCAAAAUGCAAUUGAAGAAACAAAGAAUGUCAUGAUUGUAAAUAUUGAUAAGAUUUUGGAUAAUCACAAAAAGAUGCAUGAAAUUAUUGUUGAAACUGAUUCUCUCAAAGAGCAAGGUGAACUAUUCGAAAAGGGUAGUAAAAAGUUAAAGUGGGCCAUGGUCAAAAGAUGGAUUUAUUUAACUGGUGCUGCUAUUGCUACUGGUGCUAUUUCAAUUGGUACAAUUGCCUUAAUUCUGGUCAUUGCAUUGUAA